AUGGAGGGUCCCAGCGGCGAGCCGACGAGGCCGCCGGCGAGUGCGGCGUCGCUCCAGGCCCCAGCUGUCAGGGCGUCUGUGGCAGGCUACAGCGGUGCGACUGCGUUUUCCGAUUGCGUCAGUCAGCCGGAUGAGUUCCAGAGUGUCCCGCCGUUCCACAGUCCUCCCUCGGGAGUGGACACGCGACGCGGGAGUGCGCGUUCGCAGCCCUCCUUGUCGCCGUCGGGCUACUCCGCAGGCAUUCCUGCGCCUCCAGGACCGCCUUCCUCGGCGGUCAGCUCUGCCUCGCCGCAAGACGCCUCAGGGGGGUUACCUGCGUCUGGCGUCGGCGAAAGUGUCUCUUUCGUCAAGCGUUCAAAAUCGGGCUAUGUGCCGGCGCCGGCUGUGGGCGGACCGGGCAGUGGAGUCGACCGGGAUCCCCUCGAGCCGCCCCCGCGCCCGCACGCGCCGCAGCAGUCGCCGUUUGCAGUGGAUAUUGACCUGUUUGAGUUGCCGGAUCGAAAGAAGCGCGGAGGCCGCCGACGCGCGGUUCAGCUGUUGUGGACGCACGGCUUCUUUUUCCUGGGGCGACUCUUGGUGUUUGCGUUUGCGCUCUUUUUGAUCUACUGCACGAUUGCGGAUUUGGGCCGCUAUCGCUGGCUGACCCUGACCGUGGCCGUUCCGAUCGAGGUCGCCAUGCUGGUCCUUUGCCAGCUUCUCCUCAAACUGCCGUCGUGGAAACGCUACUUUGAACGCAUGCUCACGGACAAGCUGCUCAACUUUUCUCACCAGAUUGAGCAGCAACAGAUCGGACCGCAACACAUGCAGUCCACGCAGCUGACGGGCCCCCGGGGAAGUGGAACAGACUACGGGGACCAGGGGGACGACGACGCGGCGCAUCCUGCGCAGCCUCUCGGCGGCGAUGAAGAGGCCCGCAAACGACCGGAGAAUGGGGCCAUCUCAAGGUUCUCUUUCCGCAGAGGCGUCUCCCGGUUGGACUCGCGACUCGCCGUCGACGAAGAAGACGAACUCGCGGAACAGAGUAGCACGAGCGAAGCAGAUGCAGGCGAGAGAAGGCCGCACGGCUCGAGGUCGCAUCCGGCGGAAUCCGACACCUCCAGUCGCCUCCAGAGCCUCCCCGACGCCGCACACGAUUCCGGCGCCGAGCCUCGGGGCCGCGAGGACGGGCGAGGCGCAACGAGCGACGGGGACAGGCCUGAGGAGCGUGGCAGCGUGGUGCGGAAGAGCACCCAGGAGGACGGAAACGUUUCCGGCGAGGCGAGCGAAGCGACGCGGGAGUCAAGCCGGUGGCGACGGCUGUUCAGACCGCGAGCGUCCCGUCCCCAGCAAGAGGCGAAGGACGCGCGUCUCGACUCGCGACGGUUCUCGGGUCGGGCGGGGAGCGCUCCGCCUCUGGAGACUGACCGGCCGCGCCGGAGCGGGACUUCCGGCAGGCUUCAGGCCGAGCGCGCUCGGGCGUCGCCCGGCGGGGGCAAGGCGCCGUGGAAUGGCGACGCCUCUGCGCAGGCAGGAGCUUCGGACGCCGCGCACGCGCCUCGGGAACGUCCGACAUCGACGCACAGACCGGGCGAGACGUCCUCCACGUCCCCAGCUGGCGUGGGUCGGGAGGCGCGACGCAACGCCUCGGGGCCUCGAGACCGACCUCAGAGUCCCGCGUCGCGUGGCGGCUCUGCGCCGGAAGGACACCGAGCGGACCGGUGCGCCCAACCAGAUGCAGGCGCGUCGCCCCGUCACAGGCCGCGCAGCAUGACGCCUGGAGCGUAUCCACCGUUUUACGGAUACAGCCCGAGGACUCCACACUGCAUGGCCUAUCGAGGCGCCGAGGGGAUCCGCGACCCAGCGUAUCCCGUCCGCUUUGCGAGUGACGACUUGAGCAACUUGUGGAUCACGUAUCGCCACCAGGGCGUCCCUCGCGGCCAGCACCGCCUGUCCCUCGCCGGUGCUGGCCCGGGCAUUUCCGGACCGAGUCGCUUCCUGAACUACUACACUCAGACGCGACCAGGCAGACAGCGCCAGGCGCGAGGCCCGUGGGGCUACGAGGCGCCGCUGGGGGGGAGCGGCCGGUACGGCGCGGGGUACGGCGGAACGCAUGUGAAGGGUGUGACCAGCUGCGUCGAUCUGAGGACCGCGACCGAGCCCGCGAGGAGAGACCAGUUGCCGCGCGCGUCGCGGCGAAACUACGCGGAGGGCCACGCGGAAGAGCGGACCGACAGCGACGUUCGCCAGUUCACGCGCGUCGCAGACUUGUUCCGGCUGCGCAGUUUCUCGAAGAGCCCGGGACAGGCUUCCCGGCCUGCGGCGGACGCGCUCCAGAAGAGGAGCUGGAAAGCCCUGCGGCUGCCUCCGGGCUUUUCAGGCAGCAAGGGUCGCGAAGACAUGCAGCGCGUCCUCGAAAGGGACGGAAUGGAUGAGGACGGGGCGACGCCGGGGUACCCUCGGCUCCGCCGUCGCUCGACGCUCCCGUGGCCGAGACACUACCUUUACGAGGACCAGGAUCCGCACUCGCUCUUUGGUUUGCCCGGGGGGCGAGGCUACUCCCUCGGCGGCGCCGAGACCCGCCUUCGCCACCGCCGCGCGGGAUCGCUGUCCCGUCGGCACCUCGACUGGACGUCGCGCAUUCGACUCUUGAUGCUCGAUGAAGACGACAGUCUGGUGGACGAGCAGAGUCUGUACGAGCCGGAGGAAGUGGACCCAGCAGGCGAGUUGGACGACGAGGGCAGAUACGCCAAGGGGAAGGCGGUUCCUCGGACGCGCCGGGAACGGCUCGCGGCUUGGUGGCGGGGUCGGAAGGAGUCGUGCGUGCUGUUCUUUCGCUGCCUCGUCAUGCUGUGUGACUCCGUCGCUGGCCCGGCAGUCGGCAGUUCGGCCUUUCUUCUCGCGGUGCUCCUGCGCACCAUGGCCUGGUGCGCCGUCUGGGUCUGGGCCUCGACGCUCAUGGUGCGCGAGCCGCAGAACAAAGACUUGUUUGCGUGGGAGUUCGACAACCUGCCGCAGGCCUACUACUUUGUGGAAAGCACCUUCUUGUGGAUGGUCACUUUCGACUACUGCGCCGGCCUGUUCACCGCGCCUCGGAAACUCCAGUUCGUCCUCAGUCCGUACUCGAUAGUCGAUCUCCUCACGAUGCCCAUGACGUCUUUCAUCGUCAACUGCUUCGUCGACGACCAGCGGCUCGGCUUGGCGCGGCCGGACCCCGCCUGGGGGGACGUCGCCGAGUACUCGGCGCCUUCGAAGCGGCACGCACAGCCGCACGUGGGGACCCACGACCAGUUUCCCUGGCUGCUUCUCUUUGGCUGGCUCCGCUUCCUCCGCCUGGUCAAGACCGAGCAUGUCUUGUCCCGGUGCUUUCCGUACUUGAGCGUCGUGAAGCUUCGCAUUCUCUCCAUCGUGGUCUCCUGGCUGAUGAUCGUCCUCACCUUUGCGGGCGGCAUGUUUGUGUUGGAGGCGCCAGAGCCCGACAUCAACUACACGAACGUGUACGACUUCUGCUUCUACGCCAUCGUCACCGUCAUGACCGUGGGGUACGGCGACUUUGUCCCGCGGUCUGCAGCCGGUCGAACCCUCGCGAUCGUGACCAUCAUCUCGACCUUCGCCUUUCUUCCCGGCGAGGUCCAGCGCCUCAUGGAGGCCUUGCGCGAGCCGCGGACGAUCGUCGGCUCGCCGCCCGCACCCGGUGACGACUACCUCUGCAUGGUGGGGCCGAUACAGCCGCGACAACUUGCGGUGAUUUGUCGGGAGAUUGCGCGUGCGUUCCCCGGCAGCGUCCAGGCGAUUCUGGUGAUCACGCCGCUCCCGGUGUCGGCCUACGACGACAUUUGCUUCUUCUCGCUGUCCGUCUGCAUUCGCGGCGGGGUCCGCGGCGAGCCACUGCCGUCAAACAUUCGGUCCUACUGCUCGAACGCGAGGGCCGUGUUCAUCUUCAGCAACACGCGGGCCUACCAAACGUUGCGCGCUGGCGGGGAUCCGAGCGGCGUUCCCGACCCGAGCUGGAUCGAGGGCGUCGAGACCCGCGAGCAGGAGGAGGACCACAUGACGCUGUUGCGGUUCAUGGGCGUUCGCACGGUAUGCUUCCCGGUCAGACCGAUCAACGUCCAGUUGAUUCACGACCACCGGAAGGCCCUCGUGAAGGAGAUGGGGGCGUACUCGACGCUGUGCAUCAACGAAGUGAAGAUGAAGUUGCUCGGGAAAAGCUGCGCAGACUGUCCAGGCUUCGUGUCCCUGAUCGCCAACUGGUUCACGUUCUGGCGGGCCAGCGAAGAGGGGACGGGCAUCGCCUGGGCGGCGAGCCGCGCCAAGCCCGCAGCCUCGUCCAGUCGCCCCCCGCGCAAGACCGACUUCCACCACUACGCCGACGGCGCGGUCUACAACAUCUACCGCAUGGAGUUCCCCGAGUGCAUGCUCGGCGUCCACUACAAGCUGCUGACGCGGCUCUUGUACACCCACUACGAAGUCUUCCUCAUUGGCAUCAUCGCCAUCACGAAGGAAAUCUGGAUAAACCCUUUCCGGUACUUCAUCGGCGAAGAGCUCGUGAACGGUUACACCACCUGGCCCUUCGCCGGCAUCGUCCUCGCCCCUUCGCUGGAGACAGUCGUCAAGCUCAGCACGCUGCGGGACUUGCCUGUGAAAGUUCCCCGUGCGCCGUGCUUCUCCGGCGCCGCGGGGUCGCCCUCUGGGUACACCCGCGGGUCUGCGUUCCCAGCGACUGCGCUUCUGGAGCGAGAGGGCCAAACGGCGAAACGCAUGUGGACAGCAGCCAGGGCAUCUGUCGCUGAAGGCGUGAAGCAAGGCAGGAAGGCGACGCAGCGCGCAAAGGCGUCCCUCGGAGGGAUGCACCACGCAGGCCUCUUCACGACCGCCCCGGCCGACAACGCGAACGCGAGGGGCGGGGAUCCGCAAGCGUUCGGAGGCGACGGCGCGCUGGGACCGUCGAGAGCGGGUCCGGCGCAGUCCGGCGGCCAAGGCUCGCUGGCGGGCGACAUGUACCCUCUGCCCGCGGUUUCGUCGAGCGUCAGCGGCGGGUUUCCCGGGCAAGCGUCGCCAGGUGUCUCGCCAUAUUUCGGCUCUGCUUCGUGCUUGGCGUCUACCUACCCAGGCGCGGCGGCCGCCGCGCCUGGUUCCCCGGGCGUGGGGGCGAGCCCUCCCGCGCUUCCCGCGUCUCCAGGAGGCAUCGGCGGCGCGUCGCCUUCCCCCGCGGCGCCUGUCUGUGCACACCAUCGCCGGCACUUGGGAGGAGGCGCGGGGCCGUGCGACGAUCAGGCGCUCGGAGCUCCGGCCUCUCCCUUUGGAUUCCCCGCGUCGCCCUACGCGCCGCUGCGCGGCCCUGGAACCGCAGUGCCUGCUUCUGGAGCUUCGGACUUCAGCGCAGCGUCGCAGAAGCCGAAGGCUGCCUGCGUGCUGUGUCAGACCGAAGCCAAGUCGCUGUCUCUCGACUCGGCGGCCGUCUCGCAGCACGCGUUCGGACACAGCUUCGCGUUCUCCUCGGUCUGUGAUCUGCACGGGAACCGGCGGCCCGCGUUCGGUGGCAUCCUCCAGACGCACUCAGUGGCGGAGGCGCGUCGGACGAUCUUUGCGAACCCGGGGAACCCGGUGAUUCUCGCCUGUGGCUGGCCACGGGGAUUGCGGAUCUUCAUUAAGACGCUCCUCGCGAACGGCGCGUACAACGUGGUGAUUCUCGCGCCGCACUGUCCCGCGACCGUGGGACCGUCCGACUUCGCCGCCUACGCGACCUCCUGCGCGUACGUGCGCGGCAGCGCCUUGAGCACAACGGACUUGCUCCGCGCCGGCGCGCUUCUCGCCAGGAACUGCGCCGUGUUUAGCACCUUGCACGUGGCCUGGAAGGGCGACCUCAGUGCGGCGCGCCUCGACACGCAAGCGCUGCUCGUGCGGAAGACCAUUCAGGCCCUCUUUCGGGCCUUUCCCGUGAUGCGGCAGCGGGAGCCCGGCGCGGCGCCUGCUGCGGGCGACGCCGUGGAGCCCUACUCGCGGUUCUCAGGCGACGGAGACCACGACGCUUUCGAGCGGCAAACCGGCGCGGCGGACCGACCUACACCGGGCACGCUCGGCGCACACGCAAGCGCCGCCGGGCCGAGGGGUUCGCUGCCUCCGGGAGCCGGAGACGAGUCAAGGCUCCACGGCGCGGCCCCGCGGCUGGGCGAAGGCAGCGACUGGGCGCCUACGGCUAGCAAGGCGAAGGCCACAGCCGGCCGGCUCUCUCGGCUCGACUCGGAGGCUCUGCCCCGCAGACUUGCCUCUCAAGCGGGCGCGUGGGGAACCGGUCCAAGGGCGAGCGGCGAGUGGCUUCGCGGAGCGCCCGUGAGUGCCCGAGACACGCAGGCCUCCGACCGGGCGACGCACGUCCUUCAAGCCGUCGCGCAUCACGCGGAGUCUCCCGACGCGGGCUGGGAGGAGCGGGAGUCGACCGGCGGUCCGCGGUGCCCGGUGUCGGAAGGAUCCGAUGGCGAAGUGGUGGAAGGCGAGAGCCGAUCACCGCCGACGCGGACGGAGACACUGGCGAAACGCAAAGAGGUGCGGAUCGACGUGCGCCCUGCGGCAGGCGCGCGGGCGGAGUCGCCGCCUCGCCGGGGCCCGCUGCACUGGCCGCAGGGACCGGGAAGGGAAGCCGGGGGAGGGCCGCGAGUCGGCGAGUCGGCGACGGCGGCUCGGGUUUCGCCCAGAUCCGAGUUGGCCAGGUAUGUCGCCAUUCCUCCAAUGUGCUCCAGUCCCACGUUUUCCCCUGCAGACUCCGCGAGUCUGGCCGACUCGCCGUGCUCGUGGCGCUCCUGCUCGCGAGGCGAGUCCGUCCACAAGGCGACGCGCCGCCUUCGGUUGCGCAUGCCUCGCCACGGGUUUGCUGACUACGUGGAGCCGGAAGACGGCGAAUCUUCGUCGGCGUGCUCUUUGCCGCGUUCGCCGCACGCACCGUCAAGCGCUGGACGUGGAUCGCGUGAGAGCCGAAGGCCGUUGGUGGCGUCUCUUGACCCUCGCGACUCCGAAGUCGCGGUGACGCGUUUCGCCACAGAUCCGCGCCACAGCGCGCCUUCGCCUGCUCUCGCGGGGGCGUCUGCAGACGCCGGUCCGUUGCCAUCGAGUCCCCAAGCGCCCUCGAACGUCUCUGGGAUCAGUCUCCCAGUCGCGUCAGGCCGCGAGGAGUUUCCGGCCUCGAGGUCGCCUUCCAGAGAGCCGCCCAGUCCCGGGGCAACCGAGCGGACCAGCGACCAGCUCCGGCACCAGUCGGCCGUGCAGCACGAACUGGAGCAGCUUCUGGAAGAUCGGAGCUUUCAAGCGCAGCUCCGACAGCCGAACCUGCCGGCGGGCAGUAAUCUGCGGUCCCCUGGGAUGGCGUACGCUCCGGCGCAUGCGGCGCCUUCGCCUCUGGGCUCCCCCACGGCGCCGCUCGACCCCGCAGUCGCGAGCAGCCUGGGCAUACGCCUGCCUGUCGGCAGCCCUGGCUCGGCCGGCGCGUCCCCGCCCGGGGCGGUUGGGCCCGCGCGCCCGAGGCCCGCAGGAGCGUCCGGGGGGCCAACAGGCCCGCCGCCUGCGUCCCACGCCCAGGCGCACGGGGACGGCGCGUCUGUCCCUCUCGCCUCGUUCCCCUCGGCGGCCAACCCGGUCGCCCUUCUCCCAGUGGCGCACAGUGGAUCGGCCGCGUUCGAGCCUUCAGGCGCAGGCGCUCAUGCAGGCGCCGCGGAAGCCGCACCGCCGGGGGCCGAGCUCGUCGCCGGUGCGAACCUGCGCGAGAACGACGGCCGGGUUUGGUAUCUCGUCCCCUCAGACUUUGUGCGCGGCGCGCCCUCGUUGGUCGCGACGCCCGCGGGUUUCGCAGGGCAUGCGAUGUCGCCGACAGCGGCCGAGACGCACCUGCAGAAUGGCGACGCCGAGGAGAGGACGCAGGUGGGAGGCGCGCCUCGCUGCUGGAGGAUUGGCGGCGUUGUUCAGCCGGCUGGGGCGCCUGAGCGCGCGCGCGAGGGCGAGAAAUGCCACGGCACCCUCCCUUUUCCUCAUCCGUUCGAGGCCCCACAAUCGCCGGACGAGGCAUCGGAGACCGCCGCGGAUCUCGGCCAGCAAAGGAACGACGACGCGACCUUCCUCCAGGGCGAAGGCGACACCGCGGGCGGACCUGCAGAGCGAAGUGGCGAAGGCGGUUGGAGCGCCCGAGACGCGGGCGAGUUGCUGAGCUUCGUGGAUGAAAAAGCUCGGAAGGAGCCGGGCAUCUUCCUCGACUUGAAAGAGAGCUCCUUCCUCGAGUACUGCGACAACUCCAUGGUGAUGAACGAGGCCUUCGUCUACGACAGGAUCGACUCGUAUCGCCGGCUCUGGGUCUCUGACAAGAAGGAGAUGACGGCAGCGUACCUCGGGAGUCUCCUCUUCGCCUCCGGACACGCAUGCGUGGAAGACAUGUUCUACGGUUUGAUGGCGCACACGCUUCCCGUCUCCAAAUACGCCGUCGACGCCUCCGUCAUCGACUAUCUGGUCGAGGAUCGCAAAGGGUGCAUCGACGCACAGAAGCGCUUGGGACGGAAACUCACGAGCUAUCCGUGCGGCCCGAAUUCCGUGUCUUGUGCUGCUGCGACUUCCACGUCGCCUUCGUCUUCGCCUCUAGGCCUGGAGGCCGUCCCGCCCAUGUUUGUUGGUGUCCCCUUCAAACGACUCUUUGAGCACUUGAUCAAACUCGAAAAGAAAAUCGCCAUUGGGAUCUACCGGCAGUACCGCGUCGCCACGGACUACGCCGGUCACCGGCGGCCGAAGAAGCUGGUGCUCUGUUGUCCCUCGCCGCAGCUUCGCCUCACGGCGUUUGACAAGGUUUACGUCCUACGCCCCUGCAGCACAGAGGCGCUCCGCCAGCCCCGGGCCUUUCUCUGA